AUGAGGACUAUGCAUAUUGAAGGAUUGCUACAGAUACCGCAAAUUCACACUGAGAAGACCAGGUCUGAACCAGAGAUACAACUUCGAUGUUUAUCCAGAGCUUCCCACAACCUGUUCUCCUGUUCAUGGAGCAACCCCAGCCCGGGGGGUCCAAAGCAAAAGAGUACAUUCGUCAGGUUAUGUGCAAUUUCGGCGUGGAAGGGCUGGCAUGGUGAAGAAUGUGAUCUCACUUCGACAGUGCCUUUCUCUUCAUUCACACAUAUGGAUACUAUGCUAGAACUUUUGGGUCCAGGUGGAUCAGAAACAGAUAUAUAG